AUGACUCAGAUCAAACAUAGGAACUCUUCUCAUACAUUCACAAUCAACCCACCUCCAGCUGAUGCACCUAUUGAAGUGUUGAAUGAAUUUUACUGGACUAAGGAUCCAGAACCACACAUAGCCCGUCGGAAAUUGAUUUUAGAAAAAUAUCCCGAAGUCCGUAAAUUAAAUGGAUACGAACCAAAGACGAAAUGGUAUGUUAUUGCAAUAGUUGGUUUGCAAGUAGCUGUGGCCUAUUACCUUCGUGACUCCUCUAUAUUAAGCUGGAAGUUCUUCUUAUUGGCCUAUGUCAUUGGUGCUACUUCCAACCAAGCUUUGUUCUUGGCUAUUCAUGAAUUAUCUCAUAAUUUAUUAUUCAAAAAGCCUUUGCACAACAAGUUAUUUGCCAUUUUCGCCAAUAUUCCUAUUGGUAUUCCUUAUUCCGCUUCGUUCCAACCUUAUCAUCAGUUACAUCACAAAUUUUUAGGUGACAAAUAUUUGGAUACUGAUUUACCUACUAAAUUUGAAGCGAUAGUUCUUUCCAAUGUUCUUGGGAAGAUAUUCUUUGCUACAUGCCAAAUUUUCUUUUAUGCGUUAAGACCAAUGUUUAUUACUCAAAUCAAGUUCACUUAUAUUCAUUUAUUAAACGUGAUUGCACAGUUGGCAGUGGAUACCCUUAUGGUAAAAUAUUUUGGUUGGAAAAGUGUAAUCUAUUUCUUGAUGAGUUCCUUCUUGGCUGGAUCUUUACAUCCAUGUGCUGGUCAUUUUAUCGCUGAGCAUUACGUCUUGAAUGAUAAUAAUGUACCUAAAGUGCAAAAGACCGAAGGAGCAAAUAUUGCCAGUGGGUAUCAACUACCAGCUGAAACUUAUUCCUAUUAUGGUAGUCUUAAUUUGUUAACUUGGAAUGUAGGGUAUCAUAAUGAACAUCAUGAUUUCCCAUACAUUGCUUGGACAAAAUUACCAGAAUUAAGAAGAAUUGCAGCCGAAUUUUAUGACCCAUUACCUCAAGUUACUUCAUGGUGUGGAGUAAUUUGGUGGUUCAUAACCAACGAUAUCAACACCCUUUGGAAUAGAGUGAAGCGUGAAGGUAAAGAGAUGCAUGGACACAAGAUUGACAAUUUAGACAAGAAUUAA